AUGAAUUUAGUGGAAGCAAUAAAUUCCACGAAAUAUGUCGGCUACAUCAAGCCAUCAACAUUAUUCAUAACUUCAAUGAACGAACGAUAUAUGCAGACAUUGCGCGAUGCUUGGAUUCGGCGAAUUUUGAAACCAGCAAAAGGAUACCGAAUCGAAACUUUCGGUGAUGUGGAAAAUAUUAGGAUGCACAAGAUUGAUCAGAUGCAUUUAGUACCAUUGUUGGACAUUAUUUGUAAUGUAGUAUUCAAAAUGAAUCAGAGUGGUCGUCCAGCAUUUUUGGAUGUUUUGCUGGAUGAAAUUCGUAAAGAAUAUCCAAAAAUUGAACCUCCCUCAGCGAAGACAUUUCGGCAAGCCAUUCACACCCUUCUGAAACAAAAUAUCUUGGAGUAUGACCUGGAACAACUGUAUAUCUGUUUUCCUCCUACAGCUCCUUAUCAUUCCGCCAAAACGUUCAAAUGUACCGUUGAAUGCCAAACUGGACAAAGUGUGAUGAACGGCUACGCCCCGUCAAAUUCAUUGAAAAUCAAGAAAGGUAUUCUGGCCAAGUUGUUCAUGAAAAAAGACACUCUGCCAAAAGCAGUGCAACUUAGACAGAACCUCAGAAGUCCAUCAGAUCAACGAAAAUAUCUCGAAAUACUAACUGCCAGUACUCAACCAAACAACAGUGGCGAAACAUCUUGCGCAGCACAAAAGACAUGCUUAUUCCAUGAGAACGAGUUUUAUCGAAAGUGGAUAAAAACGAACGAUCAGUAUUUGCUGAAUAAUUUCAGUCCUGUGAGUGGAUCGGAGUAUAUCCCAUUCUUGACGAAUUGUAAAAAUAUUAAUAAUAAAAUCAGGCGAAAAAAAAGAUCGAGAAAGAAGAAUGAGCGUAGUCGGACAUCAACUCCUAUUCAGUGGAGUUCCGAUUCGGCAUUUUCAGUCUCUCCCGUAAUUACCAAAAUUUCAAAGGAUUUUUAUAAUAGCCAUUCUGGUGAUAUCUCUCCUGAUGAGCCGACUGUAAUGAAUCGAAAUCAUACGUACGUCAAUGUGUUAAGCAGUGAAAGUACGCAGUUUGAGGACAUCACACAAGCUGAAAAGAUUUUGCCGACAACUUUCAGUGUUGCUAAUGUUUGA